AUGUCACAAUCGACUUUUGUUGUAAGUGGAGGCUCUCAUGCUCCGGAAUACAGUAAAGAAGAAGCUGUUGAUUUAAUUUGUAAGUUAGUAGGUUCAGGACAUAGGACGUUCUUUACAAAUUUAUUGGAUGACGCAUCGAGUAAAUUCUAUAAUCCAUCUUAUGAUCUUUAUAAAUCUUUGCCUAAGAAUACAAAAAAAAAUACAACUGCACCAAUCAAUAUGUCUCCUCCUCCCGCAAAUACUAAUAUCCAGACCUCCCCAGGAUGUCAAGAUCAUGUUCCUCAAUUGCUACCUAAUGGAUGCUUUGCAGCCUGCUAUCAGUAUGCCUAA